AUGGUCCUGAAAUUUUCUAAUAUACUUUUAAUGUAUCGAAUGAGAACAGUACCAUACGUGUUAUCUUUUCGUGGACGCGUAUUGAUUCUGUUUCAUCGGGUCCUUUCGAUCAACGUCAACAGUAGUACGUUGUCGUCUUCAGAGUCUCUCACAAUCUCAAGCGAAAGAACACUUGUAUCUCCCGGUGGAGUCUUUGAGCUUGGUUUCUUCAAACCCUCGGAACGUUCACGUUGGUAUCUUGGAAUAUGCAAAAGAAAUGGACAUCACCCACCCGUGAUAGCAGAGCUUCUCCCCAACGGAAACUUUGUUUUGAGACUCUCCGACAACAACAACGACUCAAGUAGUGGAUUCUUGUGGCAAAGUUUCGAUUACCCAACAGAUACUUUGCUUCCAGGGAUGAAACUAGGUCACGAUCUCAAAACAGGUCGCAACAGGUUCCUCACAUCAUGGAGAGCUGACAAUGAUCCGUCAAGCGGGAAUUUCAUAUUCAAAAUCGAUAUUCAGAGGGGAUUGCCAGAGUUCUUAGUUAUGAAUCAAGGUUUUAUAUGGCAUAGAAGCAGUCAUUGGGAUGGUUUUAUUGGCAUACCGGGGUUACUAGGAUCAUAUAACAUUGAUUAUAAUUAUACGGAGACAAGCGAGGAGGUGACUUACCGCUUGGUAAUGACCAAUCAAAGCAUCUUCUCCAGAUUGAUAAUGAGAGAUAACUGGAGGCUCAUGCUAUUCACGUGGGCUCCGCCAUUAUGGGCAUGGGAGCGGUCGUCCUUCAAUUAUUUAUCCACGGAACUCUGCGAUAUUUACUCUGUAUGUGUUGGGCCUAAUACUUAUUGUGACCAAAACACGCCGUCGCCGUCACAUUACUGUAACUGUAUUACAGGGUUCGUUCCAAACAACGAAAGCGAAUGGAGAGAUCGGAACUUGGUAAGCCGUCCUUCGGGGUGUGUUAGGAAGACGCCGCUUAACUGUGGAGAAUAUCAUAAUAUUGGGUUUUUGCAGCUAAACAAUACCAAUUUGCCGGAUACUAAGACGGCGACUGUGGAUCGGAGAAUUGAUGUGAAUACAUGCAGAGACAAGUGCCUUACCGAUUGUAACUGUACGUCGUUUACGUUUGGAAACGAUGGACUGGGUUGUGUGACUUGGACCGGAGGGAUCUUUGAUGUCCGGACUUACGUCGAAUCUGGUCAUGUUCUUAAUAUAAAACUGUCACUUAACGAUCCAGCUUUUUCCUCUAGUGGUGUCCCAGCUGGAAAAAUCAUAGGUUGGAGUAUUGGAGCCGGCGUUAUGCUUACUCUCACUCUUAUCCUCUUCUGCUUUUGGAAGAGGAGACAAAAGCAAGGAAAAGCACAUGCAACACCUAUUGUCUCUCAACUGGGAAACCAACUUGUUGUGAACGAGCUGGUCUUACCAACAAAUCAUCUCCAUAUGUCUGAAGAGGGCCGACUAGAACAUUCCCAACUUCCUCUUAUCGAGUUUGAAGCUGUUGUCACAGCCACCGAACAUUUCGCUGACAAAAACAAGCUCGGCCGAGGUGGUUUUGGUGUUGUUUACAAGGGAAAGUUACUUGACGGGCAAGAAAUUGCGGUGAAGAGACUAUCGGAAAAUUCAACACAAGGUACUGAUGAGUUCAUGAACGAAGUUAGACUAAUUUCAAAGCUUCAACACAAAAACCUUGUCCGCCUACUUGGCUGUUGUGUUAAUGACGCGGAAAAAAUGCUAAUCUACGAGUACUUGGAGAAUCUAAGCCUCGACUCUCAUCUCUUUGAUGAAAGCAGAAGCUGUAUGUUAAAUUGGCAAAUGCGAUUUGAUAUCAUCAAUGGUAUUGCCCGAGGGCUUCUGUAUCUUCACCAAGAUUCACGGUUUAGAAUCAUCCACAGGGAUUUGAAAGCAAGCAAUGUCUUGCUUGAUAAAGAUAUGACUCCAAAAAUUGCAGACUUUGGAAUGGCUAGGAUCUUUGGACGGGAUGAGACGGAAGCUAACACGAGGAAAGUGGUCGGAACUUAUGGCUACAUGUCUCCAGAAUAUGCGAUGAACGGGACAUUCUCGAUGAAGUCAGAUGUGUUCAGUUUUGGGGUCUUGCUUCUUGAAGUUAUAAGUGGCAAGAGGAACAGAGGCUUCUGCGACUCGGAUAGUAGUCUUAAUCUUCUCGGUUAUGUGUGGAGGAAAUGGAUACAAGGUCAAGGCCUAGAGAUAGUAGACAACACAUCACCAACGUCCAGGCCACGUGAAGAAAUCUUAAGAUGCUUACAAAUUGGCCUCUUGUGUGUUCAAGAACGCGUAGAGGAUAGACCAAUGAUGUCAUCAGUAGUUUUGAUGCUCGGAAGUGAAGCAGUACUGAUUCCUCAACCUAAACAGCCAGGUUAUUGCGUUGGUAGCUGCGGCAGUUCUCUCGACACCUAUUCUUCUACUUGGAUUAAACGGCAUGACGAUGAAUUUGGCACGGUGAACCAAAUCACCAUGUCCAUCAUUGACGCUCGGUAA